CCCAAAGCCAGCACUUUUACAACUUUCUAGAUGUUUUUGUCUAUUGUUUAGGAGAACAAUGAUCGAGUGCUAGUGGUCAUCUUCCUGCUAGUGGUCAUAUUCCUCGACAAGUAGAACUUACUACUUACUUCUACACGUAUUGAAUACCAAAAAGACAACAAUGGCAACACCCGCGUCCACUCACCAACAGCACUUGGUUGCUGCUAUUCCGCAACCAUGUAUGGAACGAGGUCCACGCAUGGACUCUUUCCAGUUUGGGAAGCUGGUGAAGAGAGCCCGUCUCCACAUGCCACAGCGCGAGAACGAAUAUUUCGAUAAGGUGUAGUAUGGCCGCAAUAACGAAUAUUUACAAUAACGAAUAUUGAAUAUUGACUUUUCUUCUUUCGGUCUUUGUUUUUUCCAGUUAGGUCUGCUCCACCAACAAGACUGAGUAUUUCGAUUCAAGAUGUAGUAUGGCAUAGGCAGUUGUGCUCCUGGUUGAAGAACUUACAUAAUUUUAGUAGUACAGACGUCGAAACAGAGGAAAGUAAGCUUCUUGUAAUACUUUGAUGUCUGCACCUUUUAAGUACAGACAUUGGAUGAUUCCACAGUGACGAGACGACUACAACCACCGCUUGUGCUCCGAUCACAUGAUUGGACUUAGUCAUUGAUUAGUACUAAUUGCAUAGAGGAUCCCCAGCAGUGGAUCCCUCAUUACUACAACCUAUAUCGAAGUAUUGUUGACUUCAUUCCUACCGUCUCGGAGACUAUGCGGGUGUUGCAGGGCUCGUCGCAGGUGGCGUCGGGAUGUUCAAGUUCACUCAGCGAUAUCGCAUUCGACAGUAUCGCACUGCUCUUACGGCACAGAUUUCUUUGUCCUACUUACAAGAAAGAACGGUGACGGUCUAAAGUGCGUCUGACGUGAGGAUUAGAGUUCGUAGGUUAGUCCCUCCAACCAAAAGAUUAUGAUUAAAUCGAAAGUCUUCAAGCAAAAGCAUCAUGUGUAAAUCAAGUUACCUCAACACUUUCGUUUUCCAUCUAAUGUCAUCAUUGCCUCGAGUAUGUAUGCAUGCUACCGGAUUUCUCUAUCAGCCUACGAAGGCUGGACGAGGUCUGGGCGUGAGCACUACCGCGUGCGGCUGGAAAAAGUAGUGCAGACGCUGUACUCAAAAUAUGGAAAGGAGGUUUUAUGAUCCUUUUCGUUUUUCUGCCCUGUCAUUGAAGAUUUCUCGUCUUUAGAACAAAAGUAUAGGUCCUCGUCAUUUAUGUUGAGUUAGCAGGUCUUUCUUACUAUCUAAUGUGGAUUUUCUUAAAUUUUUUGCACUAUCUAAUGUGGAUCUAAUGUGGAGAAUUUGAGAAGUAUCGCCGUCAAGAACGAAAGCCACUGAGGGAUCAGAGGUGGCAAAAGGAGCACGACUUAAAACGGAAGCUUCAGAUAGGCGUUGGAGCUGACACGGGUACCGCUUCGGGACAGCCACUAUUAUGACAGGAAAACUAAAUGCGUCUGCAUUGAUGUAUUCGUAAUUGGAUGAGAUUAUUGUGAUGUGAAAAGGCAGAAAAUUGAAACAUCUUGGUUUUCGAGGAAUCCACUUCUUCAGAACAAUGAGUAGUGGAGUCAUUGGAUUCAACUAGACUAACCCCUUCCAAUGCUCCUUCUGACGACGUCAAAGAUUAUAGGCCAACAACGUGAAGGACGAGGAGGGGAGGAAGACUACUCCGUCUUCGAUCCGAGGCGUGCUCGUGUAGUGGACUCACGUGGAGAAGGUAUAGGAGGUCUUGUUCCCAGAAUUGAUGUUGCGCCCGCGCCGCUCUGGGUUCGCACUGGCUCCUUUUUGCAACCUCUUCUCACCCGAAAUGUGGCUAUACUCUCGGAAACGGAACGGAAAAAUCUGGUACUUAUAGUAGAGGUGAAUGAAGCCGUAAUAUCCACAUCAGGUUGAUCUUGAUUUCUCAGCAUCGUAAGUAACCAUAUUAUCUCUCGCCUUACACCAUAUGUAACAGCAUAUUCCCGAAACACCGCUAGAGAGGGUGGAAUGUGCAGUGUCAAAAGCGAGACUAGACGACUUAGCGCUUGAAGAAUGGCCACCAGUAUCCGAGGAGCGACGAGGCGGAGGUUUCAUUCUAGCACUCAAGACAGGAGAAAUAGAAGAAGAGGUAUGGUUGGCGUUGGGUAGAUCGAUUCGACAAGUUGUUAAAUAAAUUGGUGCGAAAAUUUUGCUUAGCUCUUUUGUAGUAAAAAUGUCACAUGUUAUCGUUUUAUUGUGGUUGUGGCUAUGAAUGUCUCUAAAACUAGCCGUCUUCUCGGACCUCUCCACGCGUGCUGACGGAGUCGCGAGUUGCAGCUUGUAUACGUUCGGAGCGGAGUCAACAUUCUGGGGCCAGUCUUGUGUGCGGCUGCCAGUCGAAAAUAGUGUGAACUACUAUAUGCUAGACAAAAUGCUGAAAUUCGGAAAGGUGCCUAUAGUCGCACUAGAUGACGACAAAGAACAGGUGCAGAGAAGUGCUUCUUCGUCCCCUACUAGAGGUAGUUGUACAUCUUCAUCUACUUCAACACCUACCAGCCCUAGCAGCGGCAGUUCAUCUUCGUCUUCAUCCAGUCAAGUAGUACAGGCGCGUGACCCUAUAGACCGGCUAAUCACAAAUCCGUUUUUAGUGGAGGCGCGCGUAGGAAUGAGCUCAUUGGCGCCUGUAGAUUUUUUCGAAACAUCAGGAGUCAAAGAGCAGUCAGAACAGUCAACAGCGAUAUCGUCUAUGUCAUCAAUGUGGACCACAAAAAGUCAUUACGACCCGUCGCGUUUUCUUGGGAGACACUUUCGAGUGUCAGAGUUGAACUUUUACGACAGGAUCCGCGUUCGCGAGAGAUAUGAGGAUGUCCCUCUAGAAUCGAAUCUUCUAGAGGAUCUGCGUACCGACGCUUGUGCUUCAGCGCUUGAGCGCGUGAAUGGAAUUGUAGGGAGUGGCGUUGCGAGGCCACGGCUUGGAGGAGGCAGUCAAAGCAGGGAUCAAGUUGUUGUUAAGGCUGUGGUACUUGUAAAUUGGUGUAGCCAUUCUAUCUUGCUCUUGUACUUUACGAAAUACAUCUCGUAAAUGCAAUUACGAGAUAUGAGUUCAUUCUUGCAUUGAUGCUCUUUCAUUAAACUCUCUAAGAGUCUCAACAACCGACCAGAACAUCAAGAGAUUCAUCCUCCAGUGCAAUUUGUGCUGGAAAAACCGGGAAAAUACGUCAAAGGCUUUGGGGGUAUGCCGUUUCCGGAAGAAGAAAGGACCAGAACGAGAACUGCUUCUGGUACUGGUGGCGGUGGUUUUGAUAUCAUGUUAUGGCGUUUGACUUUGACCUGAUUCAUUUCGACAGUCAAAAAAUACUGACUGAGCUUCCCUCAAGAGAAUUCUUCCACAUCCAUGAAAUACUAAUUUACAGUUUACUCUUCAAUACAUAAAUCACAUGAAACACUGUAGUGAGCCUCCAGCAUGCCGUGGUGGAAAUGAAUUACAACUGACAGCGCUAAUGUGACCAGCCCAACAACUACAACUACACGCUGCGAAGACCAAGGAGGCUGGUGUCGGAGACUUGCUGUGGCUGCAACAGCAUCAUCUCCUGUCCUCGGACCCUGUAGACCCGAACGAUACUCUAACCGUGCUAGGAGCCGCUGUACAAGAAGAAAGGGAGAGGAAUGUGGUUAGAGUCGUUUGAAAUGCGAAAAUUUGUUGUAUUUUUGGAAUAUGAAACUAGAUUGUGAUAUCUUUCGUAUUGCCUGCUGCGGAAGAUUUGAACAAAUUGAUAAAGGGAAUAGGUAGGAAUCUUUGAUCCAACAAGAAGAUUGGAAGAAGAGACCUGUAUUGGAGAG